AUGGAUGAUGUAUAUAAACUUUACAAUAAAAAUGCUUCAGCAAAAAUACCCAUCAAAGAAUAUUUUGACAACUAUCAAAAAUUAAUAGAUGACUGUUUUAUACCUAUGAAAAAAGAUGAAAAUAAUUUGAUGUCAAUGAUGGGUGUAGACCUCAGUACAGAAGAAAUAUCUAUGUUGACCGAAUAUUGCAGUGUUGAUAAUUUAACAGUAGAAGGAGAAGUUCCAAAACUAGUCAAUAAUAGAAGAACAAGGCAAAAGGAAGUAUUCGAUGCUCAAGAACCACCAGAUGUAGAUUUAAAAACCAUUCAAAAUCUAAAGCAACGAUUGAAACAGAAUUCCAAACGCCUUGUUUACAAAUACUUAAGUGAAUUAUUUAUAAAUUAUGACAAAAAAGAAAGAACAAAUGAAAUACUUGCUGUUCCUGGUCAUGAUAUUCUUAUAUAUGUUAGAAUUUAUCAUCCUUUCAUACACCGUGGGAGAACUGCACCUAAAAGUGAAUGUUGUACAUUACUACGAUUGCAUAAUAUUAUAGCAGUACUUGGCUCUCAAACACUUGCUCAAUUAAGGGAUAAAAUAUCAUGUGUUGCUGAUUACAGUAUUUCUAAAGAAUGUAGUGAUAAUCUGGAUAAUGCAAUAGGGCCUAUGGCAAAGGAUGUUUAUAAAUCUGGCUUCUUCUUUAUCGAAGAUACUUUCUAUAAUGAUACGAGAUGUCCGACAAAUGUUGACUACAGUGAAGUAAUCAUUGAUUGGGCACAAAGAAGACCAAAAUUAGGUCCUUUCAAAACUGCCAUAAUGGAAGAUUGCAGACUGGAUUCAUUAUGCUUGAGAUUUGGAUUUCCAUGGGUCUACAAACACCAAGGUGGUUGUGAACACUUAAUUGUGUUUAGCGACGCUAGGUUUAUUAAUUGUGAUGAUGAAUUAGGAAUAUCUAUAUAUCCAAGAAUAGUUAGAUUACGGCCUAUGUCUUCUAAACUUUGUAUGGUUUGUGGUGUGUAUGUUAUUCAAUGGAUUACAAUGGAUCAUGAAAGAAUACCACAUAAUCCUUGUUACUUUUGUGAUAUUUGUUUUAAAUCCUAUAACUAUAUUGAUGAUAAAAAAGUCGGCAAAUUUAAAGCGUAUGCGUAUCCACGAAAUAUUGAAGCUGUGGAAGGAAAAAUAAAUAUAUGA